CGCUACAACUUUGCUGCAACAUCCAUUGUUGUUGAAUUAGACCAGUAAAUUCAGCAAUGCUGUGAGAUGUCAUCAAUCGCAUCCGGAACUGUCCGAAGGGUGCCUUUCAGGUCAUAGAUUGCGACAAUGGGCGGCAGGCGGCCCCUCCGUCUUCUCCGGCCUUAUGCCUUUCAACUCCUGCCAAGAAAGCCCGAUCUCUACUGCCGCUUCUACUCAGUUAUCCGCAGCACUUGCGCCGGCCACGAUCCCUCUAAUCGAUCGAGGUUGGAUGCACGUGAGUGUAGCAGACAGGUUUAUACUCUGGCACGGCAGCCGGUAUCUGCCACUGAAUCUCCCAGUACUGUGAAAGCAAAGCGCAUAAAGAAGCUCGAGCAAUUCAAUGCCCUUCAAUACCCCCGGCUACCUAUCUUAACACCCGACGAUCCCCCGACCCUUUCUAUAACGGUAGCAGAGUUCAGGCAGAGAUAUGAUGAUCUGUCCCCAGAUGUGGCCGACAUUGCCAGAGAGGUAACUCUUCAAGGAAGAAUCACAGCCAUCAGGAGACUUGGUUCAAAAUUGGUAUUCUUAGAUAUUCAGGGCAGUUUUGCCAAGGUGCAAGUCCAGAUCGGCUCCAAUGCUUUCUCAGAACAAGUCACCCAUAAGGAAUUCAAAGACGCCGUCGGCCCAUUGCUUCGCGGGGAUUUUGUGUCGCUGACUGGAACGCCUUGUCGAACCAAUGUCGGCGAACUUACGCUCAGGUUGACCAAGCUCCCCAAGCUUAUGAGUCCAAGCCUGCUACCUAUUCCCGAGAGCUUGGUCGAUGAGGAAACUAUGGUCCAAAAUCGGUCCAUGGAUCUAUUGGUCAACCCAAAAUCCUCAGAUUUGCUACGUUUCCGUUCAGACUUGAUAUGGUGGUUAAGAAACUACUUCCGUGAAGGUGGCUUCAUGGAAGUACAAACUCCCAUCCUGUCCGACUACGCUGGUGGGGCUACGGCUCGGCCCUUUCUGACCUCGGCCACCGAGUUUCCGAAUAAGGAGUUGGCCCUGCGUAUCGCACCUGAGCUAUGGCUAAAGCGCCUGGUUGUUGGUGGAUUUGACAAAAUCUAUGAAAUCGGCCCAGCUUUUCGGAAUGAGGGACUGGACGCCACGCAUAAUCCCGAAUUCACUAUGUGCGAGUUCUACUCGGCCUUCUCUAGCCUGCAAGACUUGUGCAGGUUUACCCAAGAUCUGAUACGGUACCUUGCCAAACAGUCGGAUACCGUCAUAAGUGCUGGGCAGUAUGCGUCCCUUGAGCCGAUCGACCACGCUUAUUUCGAUCUCCGGAUCAAGAAGAUCCAGUUCAUUCCUGGUCUCGAGAAAGCAAUUGGCAUCAAGUUCCCUGAUCUGCAGGCACCAGAUGCCUUAGAUCAGCUGGUUGCAGAGUUGACCGAGAAGAAAUUCGCGGUAACACCUGACCUGACCCUCAACAAGCUCCUAGACAGGCUAGCAGGCGUCUUCCUGGAGCGCAUUUCCUUCCAUCAACCCAUCUUCAUCACUCAUCAUCCCGCUUGCAUGUCACCACUCGCCAAGUCGUUCAUCUGCCCUGAAACCGGCCAACUAGUGUCUGCUCGCGCCGAGCUCUUCAUUAAGGGCGCAGAGAUUGCCAACAUGUAUGAAGAGGAAAACAAUCCCUUUGAGCAGCGUCGGAAGUUCGAGCAGCAAGUGCAGGCAGCCGAGUCGGGUGAUGCAGAGGCUGUCGAAGGCCGAGUCAAGGUCGAUGAGAGCUUUAUUCAAGCUUUGGAAUGUGGACUCCCGCCUACUGGCGGAUGGGGCUGCGGUAUCGAUAGGCUCGUGAUGCUCUUCUCGGGUGCGAAAAGAAUCAGCAGCACUCUCGCUUUUGGCAACUUGCGUCAUGUGGUCUCGCCUCCGAAGAUGGAGAAGUGAACGCCCAAGCCUAGUUCGUGGAGCCGCGCUGCCGCAUAGUUUUAUGUAAUAUACCUGUACACUACUGUGCGCAAUGAGAUACCCCUGUAUGACAUCAACUUCUCUGCGGUGUGACUGAAUAUCUCGAGUGACG